UGCUCUGGGUCCAUAACAGGGACACAAGGAGGCUGGACAAGCAGUUACAGACACAUAGUGUAGCUUCCAAAUACUGAUCUUUUCCAGGCUGCAUAGCAAUGUAUUUUUGGCAAGGCAUAUGCUCAUAAAUGCAGUGUGCAGAGAGAAGAACACAAGCACAGAGCAUCAAGCAGAUCUGAAAUCAACAGUGCAUGGCUGCAACUGAGGUUCUGUUCUGUGGAGUAGUCUCAGCCCACGAGAGCCAACUCCUACAUUAGAGGUUGGUCUGUGCAGGAGUGAACACCUUUGUUCAAAAGUAAGUGGGAAACAAAGUGAAGCAACGAUUCUAAAGGUCUUAUAAACAUCUGCUGAAAGAGUACAAAUGUGCACAAAACUAAUACAGUAACAAGGAUACAAAGAUGACACGAGAAGAAGAAUUACCAGACUGGCAAACAUCACAAGACUUCUAUGAGAAAUAUGAGCCAAAAGAGAUCUUGGGAAGAGGUGUGAGUAGCGUGGUGCGUCGCUGCAUUUUCAAGCCCACUAGAGAAGACUUUGCUGUGAAAAUCAUAGAUAUCACUGGAGACCACUUAACGUCAGAGCAGAUUGCAGAAUUGCGGGAAUCAACAAUCAAGGAGAUUGACAUCCUGGAAAAAGUAUCAGGGUUCCCUAAUGUCAUCCAGCUCAAGGACAGAUAUGAGUCCCACACUUUCUUCUUUCUUAUAUUUGACUUGAUGAGGAAAGGAGAACUGUUUGAUUACCUUACAGAAAAGGUCACGCUGAGCGAGAAGGAAACAAGGUAUAUCAUAAGGUCACUGCUGGAAGUUAUCUCCAAACUGCAUGCCCACAACAUUGUCCACAGGGACCUCAAACCAGAGAACAUUCUGCUGGACGAUGAUAUGAACAUCAAGCUGACUGAUUUUGGUUUCUCUUGUCAGAUCCAGGAGGGGGAAAAGCUAAAAGAAAUAUGUGGCACUCCAGGAUACCUGGCUCCAGAAAUCCUACAUUGCUCCAUGGAUGAAAACCAUCCAGGAUAUGGUAAAGAGGUGGAUAUGUGGAGCUGUGGAGUUAUAAUGUACACCCUACUGGCUGGCUCCCCCCCAUUUUGGCACAGGAAGCAGAUGCUUAUGUUACGCAUGAUUAUGAGCGGAGAGUACCAGUUUGGCUCACCAGAGUGGGAUGAUCGAUCCGACACUGUAAAAGAUCUGAUCGCUCGACUCCUUAUUGUUAACCCAGAGAGACGCCUCACAGCAGACGAAGCCCUAGUCCACCCUUUCUUCCAGCAAUAUGAUGUAGAAGAAGUGCGUCAUUUUAGCCCAUUUAGGAAGUUUAAAGUGGUCUGCCUGACAGUCCUUGCUUCAGUUCGAAUAUAUCACUACUACAGAAAAGUGAAGCCAGUUACCAGGGAGAUCAUUGUACGGGACCCAUAUGCAAUUAAGCCCAUCCGCAAAUUGAUUGAUGGCUGUGCUUUCAGAAUAUAUGGACACUGGGUGAAGAAGGGAGAACAACAGAACAGAGCAGCCCUUUUUGAGAACACAGCAAAAGCCAUUCUUCUGUCCCUGGCUGCAGAGUCCAAUUUUUCUUAAUGAUGUUUCCAACAUGCCUACAACUACUGACCCGGGGGUUCUACUAUCAACAAAGAAUUUCUUUGUCAGGAAAAAUAUAGUUACUACCGUGAAAAGUUUAAAAAAUGUUGUGAUCAAUAUUGUUUUGAGUCAAUGAAAAGGAAUGUGGGUCAUUUAAUGUGAAAAGUAACGUACAGGUACUGCCCAUACUUUAUAGGCACUAGUAUCACUUUAAAUAAAAUUUGUACUUUGGAAAUAUA